GCUCGAGGAGAGGAUGUGAGCGACCUUGGCGGCGCCGUGGCACAAGAAGUGAGUCUCGUGAAGGCGAGCCACGUUCCUAGACGCGGUAUAUAAGGCGCAUCUUCAUUUCCGAGGACAAUCCACUUCGCUCCUCCACACCGACAACAUGAAGCUCGUGAUCCUCGCCUGCCUGGCCGCCGUCGCCCUCGCCCGCCCUCAGACUGGAAAUCCAGACCACAUUGACAUCCUGAGGGACGAGAGGGUCGACAACGGCGAUGGAACCUUCAACUUCCUGUUCGAAACCGAAAAUGGCAUCUACAAGGAGGUGAACGGCAGGAACGCCGCCAACGGUGGCACGGCCAUGGACGGCUCCUUCAGGUUCCCCCUUGACGACGGCAGCAUCGUCGAAGUCACCUUCACCGCCGACGAGAAUGGUUACGUCCCCCAGUCUCCCUACCUACCCACCCCCCACCCCCUCCCCGCACACGUGAUCGAGACCCUCGCCCUCGUCGACCAGUUGGUGAAACAGGGCGCCACUUGGGACGACCAGGGCAGGAGACUCACCCGCAGGAAGUAAAUAUCUCGAAUUUAUAACUCGCGGGAUGAUCAUCCACUUCGACCCCUUUUUCCCCGCUGAGCGCCUGCCCUGCUAGGGUCUGUGGGCAGGAGAAGUGAAAGUUAGCGCCGAGUGCCGAGUGGACAACACUGUACACGCACACUGAGGGGUCGCUCGACACCUGCAAGGAACACCAGAACACAUGAGACGUGAGACUCGGCGACACCGCUCAUCUCCCGUCCAGGUGUUCUUCCUUCCCCUCCGCCACCACUACCUUGACACCCCACCACGCCCACCACCACUACCUUGACACCCCACCACACCCACCACCACUACGCCUGCCAACAAGCACACCCACAUACAGGUGCCACUCCAUUAUCCCCUUACACACACACACACACACACACACACACACAUGUGACUAUGAAGAGCUUUACUUCGAUGACAUGGACUUCACUUCCGACCCCGUGGCCACCCCGCAGGGCACGUCCCAGCCCCAGGACUCUUCUCUUCCAACUUCUCACGUGCCACGCUUGUACAUACAUAAGAUCUGUAGCUUCGGGGCUCCAGCCAGCAUCCCUGAGCACUGGACACAAUCCAAUGCUUGUCAUUUGUUUAUAAUAAACACGCCGCAAUCGA